AUGAAAUGUCUAGCAUUCAAUAAUGGCUUGUUAUUGUUGUUGGUCAUUAUGAUGAUGAUGACAACAAUUUCAACAAUUAGAAGUGAAGUUACUUGUUUCAACAAGAGGAAAAUUACUAUGAAGUUUAAAUCAUCAGCGAUGGGACAAACGUGUGAUGGAGAGGCUGCAUGCUUUUCUAAACAAAAUACCAGAUUGGAAACUAAUUUUGAUGUUCCUAAAGACCCUUGGACAGAUUUUGAUCUAUCUAAAUACUAUGUUUUAGCUACGUCUGGCUCAUUGAGAGCAACUGUUAGUAGUGUUUUUAAUCCUUGUCUUUCUGAUUCUUCAAAUUUGAAUUCAACUUCUUCAUUUAGUAUCAAUGGUCAACCUGUUUAUAUUGGUAGAAAGAAUUUAGGUAAAGACUUUGUUACUUACAAAUGUAUCAGUAGAGGAAGUUGUAGUGAAACUUUUUCAGCUACUUCCAGUGAUGAGGAAUAUCCAUAUUCUGGGUUUUUAAAUUUGACAUCUUCUGGAAAUACAGCUGUUUUGGAAUAUAGUGAUCCAUCAACAGAUCUUUGUGUGUAUAGUUUGGAUUUUACCUUUUGCUAUAUGUCAAAGAAUUACAUUAUAUAUGAUUUAAGAUUGCAAGUAGAUGAUAUCACAACAAAACCUCUCAAAAUUAUUUCUCCAAAAACCAUGGAAAGUCUUAAACAGGAUGUUCUCAUACCUCAAUCAUAUGACCCUCUGCAAAAUGGAUAUUCUGACAAGUUUACUAGAAAGAUUAAAAUUACAAACAAGUUAAUUGUGCAGACAGGUCUUAACUUAUUUAAUUUGAAAAUCUUUCCAAAUAACGCCAAUUUUAAAGAUCCACUAGUUGUUGAUAUUAUUUCAAUUACUAAGGAAAAGACAAUUGACGGAAGUAUAAUCAGCCAAGAUAUUUCUGGAAAGUACCAAAUUUCAAACAGAUCACUUUCUGAUUACAAUAUCAAAUUUAACACAUCCCUCUCUGUGGAUGAAAUAAUUACUGUUCAAUUAACCCUUGGUGUCAACGGCGAAAUUACAUCAUCAGUUUAUGACAUGAACAUGAAUUACAGAAUUGAAACGAUAGACGAGAAUACCUAUAAUUUACAAGAUACCACAAUAAUGGAUGGUGUCUAUUAUUUCAGAAGAUCAGAUAUUACUGCUACCUAUGAUACAAACCAAAAGAUAGCUGCAAAGAGUUUAGUUUCUGACAUGGUCUCUCUUGAGUAUGUAAGCGAAUCUGAAGAGGAUGGAAAAUGUUACCUACAAGUUAAUACAUUGUAUGGCUCUUCUUCAGAUAAAUUUUCUGGACUCUUAUUUAUUUAUUCCAGUAAAACUGGAAAACAAUAUUCCAUGAAAUUUGGACAAGAUUAUACACUCGAUAAGAGUACCAAACAGAUUGGUCAGUAUAUAAUUCCACCUGAAUUACUCGAUUGCUCAUCUGUUGGAGUUAAAACUAAUAUUUAUUUUAAAUGGGUGGUUCUCUCUUCAAAUUCAUAUACAACAACUGAACCAUCUGCCAACUUCCAAAUUGCUAUUUCCAAGAAGAGUAUUAUCUUUGUCAAUGAUCUUGCCAAUGCCAACAUAGAACUUACCUUUUCUCAACGGUAUGAGAGCAAUGUAAUUCUCCUAAAGUCAAAUCCACCAAAUAUGAUUGUUCCUUACGAUGUUAUACUUAAAAACUCGUAUUCAUCAUCUGCAUCACCAUUUGCUUCAUACUUGUCCUAUUCAGUGCCUCUCUCAUGGUUAGAUAAUAGCCCAAUGAACUUGAAUCCUGUUAGUUAUCCACAAUUAUCUACAGACUUUUCUGCCAGUGAAAUCUAUUUGAAAACAGGAAUGUAUUUCGGAUUUAUAGAAAAAAGUUGUAGUGUUCUUCCAUGUAAAAGUUCAAUUAACUUCCAGCUUAACAGUCAAUUGGCUAAUCCUCAAUCUAUUGCUGUAGAUACAACCAUCAAAGUUUCUCAAUCAGGAUACAGAUCAAGUGGAUAUAUAACAGCUGUUUCAAUCCCUUCCUCUUUAGCUAGAGCAGCUAGCUCGUCAAAAUUUAAUUUAAGAGUACUAGCUGAAGUGAAAGAGACAUAUUAUAAUUCCUACUCAACCAAAAAUCCGUAUUAUUUGCAAGUGAGUAAGGGAUCUGUUGGAAUGACUCAAAAUCCACCUUACAAUUCAACUUUUGGGCAACAAAUAGCCUCCCAAAACUACUUGACCACUGAUAAGUGUGCUUCCACCUCAUCGACUGGUUAUUUAACAGUUAAUAUUCCGAUUCGUGAUGAAAGUGACUAUGGAACUUGGUACAUAGCCUUUUUUGUAGAUCCUAAUUCUUCCUUUGAUGUGAAAUAUACCAUUAAUUUGAUGAGUAACAUAAUCCCAUUGAAAUUGUCUACUACUUCUUCAAAGGCAGCUCUUACCUACACUCCAAUUUCUUCAGUAAUAUAUGGUUUGCAGUUCAGUUCAGAAACAAAUUCUGACUCAUCAUUACUACUAACAUUCGAUGGAUAUAGUUUGGAAACAAAUUCAUUUGAAGGAAGUGGUAUUCAAGUAUUUUUAAAACAUGGGUCUAUGCCCACAGAGAACGAUUAUGAUGUAUUAUCUCCAGUGUUAACUGGAAGUCUUUCAUUCAUUGCUCGCUUCGUAUAUUCAGACAAAGUUACUUUCAGAUAUUUGAUGGAUAAUUCAUAUUAUUCUGAUCCAGCAGAAAGGAUUAAAUACCCAGAGGAUUAUUACAAGACUUCCAUACUUUCAAAUUCAAAACUUGAUUCCAGCACCCUCUAUGUAUUGAUAAAGAGAGUUCCAUCAGGACAAGGCUAUACGAAUUGUGUUAGUAGCUCUUAUAUUGUUUCCCCAAGUUCUUCCUAUAUUGCUUACCAGUACAGUUCAUCUCCUUCAGUUGUUGGAGGAUAUCUAGAGAAAAUGAAAUCACAAGUUAUCAGUGUGAAUCCAGAUGUAAUAGGUGCAAACCUUGCAAUUUCCAAUGGUAAUCAACUAAUGAUUGACUUUAAUCAAGAAACAAUAAUUCCUAAUUACGCAUCCAAACCAACCAUUGUUAGUUACGAUGGAAAGAAAUUAGAAAUUCUUGUUGAUCAAAAUUCCACAAUUAAUUCUGACUCUAUUUCAGUAUCUGCCUAUACGUUUAAAUAUUAUAUUUGGGGGAAAUCAGGCCAAACACCAACAGUAUCUUUUAGAUAUUCUAUUAAUGCCAAACUAAGUGUUGAUGAGAAAUCUGGAAAAUACUCUCAACAAGUAUUCAUCGUUUUCCCAGUUAAGAGUGGAUAUGUUACUCAAGACUCUCCGUAUGACACAAUUGUUAGAAUUAACAGUAGAUAUCAACCAUCAACAUACCUUAUUGAAAGUCUCACACCAUCUAUUAUUGCCACAGCCAUUGUGGUUGGUAUUAGUUUCAUUAUGAGUUGCAUUUAUUUUGUUUGGUCUGUUUUUAUUGUUGUCGUAAAGAGAGGAGAAUUUAAUUUUGGAACAGUAAGUCCUCAAAUGUGGCUUGGCUGUUUGUGUCCAGCUUCUCUACCAGUUUCUAUCUGUUAUUUCUACUACUUUGCUCACGAAGGUUUUCAGCAAAAGCUUGCAUCACCACCUGUAAAAAGAAGAAGAAGGACUAGAAUUUUAAUUGCCCUCUCUAUUAUUUCAUUCACUAUUGGAGUUCUAUUUGGAUUAUAUUUGUAUGGACAUGUGGCAUUUAAUCAUCUUGGAUUAGAAUUAUCAGCUCAUUUCAAUUUAUAUACUUUGGGAAAACGUACCACUGAUUCUACCUAUUCUUCAUCGAACCUUAUUCCUUGUUGUGCCCAAACUAGAACAGGUACAUCCAAAGAUAAGCAAUUCAGGACAUACUUUGGGGUUGAAUCAAGUACCUUUACACCAAAAUUUUCAGGGGGAAGAUUGGAUUGUAUUAAGGACCUUGAUAGUAUUGUUAGAGAUGCCUUGAGAAGUAAAUUCGUUUUGGAUGAAAUUAAUGGACAAAAAUAUGAACCACCAACUGAUAGCGCCAUCCAAAAGACAAGCUAUGGCUAUUCAAAUGCCUUUCAGAUGGCUACAGUUUAUUGUGUAGGAAACUCAGUUGUACUAAUGAAAGCAGACGAUUCCUAUAACGAAUAUGGUAUUCCAGGAGCAUUCCUUUCUGUUUUCCCAAUACUUUAUUCAUUCUAUUUAAUUAUCCUUGUAAUAUUCGAAAAGAUAUUUGGUGAUGGAAGAAAGUUGAGUGAAUCAAAUAAUGACCAAAUUGGAAGAACAACUUUACUAUUAGGCAACAAUACUGGCUAUGAACCAAAUACUAAUGAAGCCUCUUACAAUCCAAACAUUCAAAGUACUGAACAAUAAAUAUUCAUAUAUC